AGAUCGCCAAAACGGAUAAGCCCACGUGCCAUGGAUAAGAUGUGGAAUGGCCACUCAACCAUAACAUAGACACCAUGAUUGUCAACGCGAUGGCAUCACACUCAGCUACCAUAGCGACUCUCCCAUCAGCACUCCCCAGCUUGAUCCAGAACAUCAGCAGCCUCAACCAGAGCAACAACGUCACGUCUCUUGAGAACCUGAACCCGCAUUGGACGGACCUGUUGCUGAUCAUCGUCAAAGGCUUCAUCUUCGCCACGAUCAUCGCCGGCGCCAUUCUGGGCAACGCCUUAGUGAUCAUCAGUGUGCACAGACAUCGCAAGCUCAGAGUGAUCACUAAUUACUAUGUGGUGAGCUUGGCAAUGGCUGAUAUGCUGGUGGCGCUGUGCGCGAUGACUUUCAACGCCAGCGUCGAACUGACCGGGCACUGGCUGUUUGGCAGCUUCAUGUGCGACGUUUGGAACAGCUUCGACGUGUACUUUUCCACCGCCAGCAUCCUGCAUCUCUGCUGCAUCAGUGUGGAUCGCUACUAUGCGAUAGUGCGCCCCUUGGAGUACCCGAUCACCAUGACCCAUCGGACUGUCUGCUUCAUGUUGGCCAACGUGUGGCUGCUGCCCGCGCUGAUCAGCUUCAUGCCCAUCUUCCUCGGCUGGUACACCACUGACGACCACCUGCUCUACGCCAGCGCCCAUCCGGACGUCUGCAUGUUCGUCGUCAACAAGUACUACGCAAUCAUUUCCAGUUCGAUCAGCUUCUGGAUACCGGGCACCCUGAUGGUGACGAUGUACUUUCGCAUCUACAAGGAAGCCAUCCGGCAGAGGAAGGCGCUGUCGCGCACCUCCUCCAACAUCAUCCUCAACUCGAUCCACCAACAUCGAACAUCCUACCGCGAACGCUACAGUGAUCGGUAUAGUGAACAGUAUCUCCAUCCAGAGGUGGAGCUCACGGUGGGAGAAAUCAAUGGCGCGAGGAGAAGCACGAGCUCGGGAUCAGCAGUGUCGUACGGCACCACCAUUACGGAGUUCAACACUUUGAUGAAUACGCGGGAUUGCAGCAAAGCGGCCACCGAACUCAACCUAAAUGG